AUGAAUACUAGGAUAAUGAAAUCAAGAAGUGAACCAGUCGACAGAUUGUCAAAUCUUCCUGAUGUGCUUCUAAUCACGAUCAUCUCAUUACUCCCAUUCAGGGAGUGUGUUAGUACUUCUGCUCUCUCGAGCCGGUGGAGGACUCUCUGUCAUGAGACCACAAACAUUUCUUUCAAAGAGUCCGAGUACAUGAACCGCGGCCAGUUUGUCUCCAACACUGACGCUAGGGACUCCUUUGUUAGCUACAUGGUCAAAUGGGUCUCUAGGUUUCAGUGUAGUGUCAUCGACACUUUUGAGAUGCAUCUCUCCAAUCCGGUGGGAUACGUGGGAGAUAUCAAAAAUCUGAUUGAGUUCGCCGCAUCCAGAAAAGUGCGAAAGCUAGUUCUUGAUUUCUCAGAUCCUGCAUGGAGAACUACUCGUGACGCAAUAUGGCUAUACGCUGUUAUUCAUCUGCCUGCAUGCGUCUACGCUCUCACUACACUGGAGUACCUGAAGCUUUAUGCGGUUGAGUUUGACCCCUCAAGUUUUGUGAGCCAGGAGAGGUUGAAAACCCUCUCCAUCGGUUGGACUACUCUGAAAGAGGGCAAAUCUUUGCUAUCAAAGUGCCAUAUGCUCGAGACUCUGAGUAUGAGAUACGGUUGGGAAGUUGAUAUCAAGAAGAUAGAGGGGCGAAUAAGAGAGCUAGUCAUCGAGAACUGUAACUUCUAUCACAAGAAUAUGUGUUCUUUUUAUCUGCCUAGUAUAGAGAUCUUCAAGUACGCAGGAGAGUUUCUCGGCCAUGUUUUCAAGAAAGGGAAUACGGUGAUGAAGGAGGUAUCACUGGAUUUCGGGGUAAUGCCUGAGUAUGAUAAGCCUACUGGAGCAUCCAGGUUUCGAGGAUCGCAUAUUACUCGUUUCCUUCGAAGUGUUCGAUCUGCUAAGACCUUCACGGCCUGUCCUUAUCUCCUUCAGGCGAUUCAAGAAUGUAACAAUCCUGGUCAGUUGCUUGAUGGGAUGGAAGCACAACAUUUGGUACUGAGAACGAGGCUACGACCGAAGGAGUUUGAGGGAAUUGGGUUGCUUCUGGAUAAUUGCAAGAAUUUGGAAAAACUGACUAUCGAUAUUGUUCCUUCACCUCCAAGCCUUUUCCCGAUGGCUAGGUCAUAUUAUUGUAAUGAUCCAAAAAUAUUUUGGCAAAAGAGCUACACAUUCCCGUGUCUGAGAACGUCUCUCAAAGUUGUGGUGGUCAGAAACUUUGAUGGUGGCGUUUUCCAGUUGGAUAUGUUGAAAUAUUUGGCUCGGACAGCGAAAGGGCUUGUAAGGGUGCUGCAAAGAGUUGAGAUCUACCUGCGGAAGGGAAUGGAUCCAAACCGAAUGGCGGUAGCUACUGCUCAGGCCGAGAUGUUGAAGGCAUUUUCUAAGCGUGCAAAGGUAAUUGUGCACAACGCUUGA